AUGCCAUGCGUACACUAUAGGAAAGAAAACGUAAGGUCAGGAUUAAUACAUCCAAAUGGGAAGAUAAUUGCACUUUUGGUUUCAUCAAGUAUAUAUACAAUUGAAUUAUACAGAAUUGAUGACCCAAAUAAACCAAUUAAAUUGCUUUGGUCUUAUCAGAUUAAAGAUAAACCAAGCUGCCUAGAUUGGUGUAACAAUUCAAGAAGUAUUUGCAUUGGCGAUACCAAAGGUUCUGUUACUAUUAUUGAUAUAAAUGGUCAAGUUAAUAGCUACAAUAACCUUCAUUCACAAUUUAAUGAGAUCAAAGAAAUGAGUAAUUUUGUUUUGCGUGAAGAACUUUCGAAUCUUAGAAAGGAAGGCAUAUUUUUAAGAAAAUUGAGGGAACUAAUAAUAAUAGAACCUUAUUCUCUGAAUAUUAGAAAUAAUAGAGCCUCUGAGGGUCAUGGAUUAGAUGAAUUCUUAAAUGAAUUAAUUCUAGAUCAAGAAGGUGAAAAUGCUCUUUCUGACUCUCCAGUUGAUAACUUUUCUAAUCAAGUUGAAAACUCAAAAAGUAAGAGCGAAACUCUUCCAGAAGAUACUCAAAACUUGAGUAAAAACAAUCAUAAAGAAGCACCGAGGUUACUUCCAGAAUACUUGACUCCAGAGGAAGAUGUGUGUUUAAUUUUGACAAUUGACUCAAAAAAUAAUAUGAUUUGCUCUAUUGGAGGUCACACUCCUGUUUGGGUUUAUAACCUACAUGAAUUUGGGCAAGGUAAAGAUAGAGUAUUGAAAGAUAUUAAUGUGUGCAAAAACUAUAUAUUUCUAACAUAUUUCCCUGAAAAUGGAACAAAUGAGAAAAGGGAAGACUUACUCAUAGAAAUGAUUGAUAUGAAACAAUUUUUUGACUCUUUUGGAUUAAUAUUCAAUACAUUCGGCUUUUUACAAUAUAUGAGGCAGCUACUUAAUUAUCUUAAAAGUGUGUUUCAGCAAAUCUUGUCUGUCUGGAUUACUGGAAUCAAGCCUUUUAGACAAUUUUUGGGUAAUGACAAGACAAUUAAAAAGAGCAAUUUUUCAAUAUUUUUGCUUUCAAUUAUUUCAGGAGCUCCAGUAAAUAUGUUUCAAACCAGUAAUUCUUCUCCAUUUGAAUUAUCUAUUACAAUUGAUCAGCUAGUAAUGAUAGGUCAAAAUAUUAAUGAUUCUAUGGUAUAUAUUGAAAAUACCAUUUCACAAACUGUGGAGCCUGCAAUACAGCAAAUUUUUAUAAUUUGGAGUAUUAUUCAGAAAACUGAGAUUAUUGAAGAUCAGGAAACUAGCAAGGUUAGAACACAGAUUCAACUUUUGAAAGAGUUUAACAAAUGCUUGAUAUACGAGACUGAACAAGUUAAACCAAUUGUUCACACUUUUUUGCACCUACUUAGCAUAGCUAAAACUUAUCGAGAAGAUAUAAAAAAGAUCUCUUCAGAUCAUCUUUCUCCGCCAAAGAUCAUCUCUUCUGUUAAUUCUAAUAUCAUUGCUUCUACAUUUAACAUUAGUUCAGAUUCUUACUAUAUAUUAAAAGACUUUAUUGAAAGAAAGCGUCUUUUUAUUGAUGAAAAUCUGAAAAAAAUGGACGAUGAGUCUCAAACGAACCAUUUCUUUAAUGAAAUAGAAUUCAGAAAAAUUGAUAAACUCUUAAACGAGGAUGCUGAAGGUUGCUCCAUAUCUUGUAUUUUUAAUUUGAGUUCUAAUAUUGAAGAGCUUUAUAAGCUAGCUGUCAAGAAAGUUUCAAAGAAUUACAUUUGUAGCUUUUCUUCUUUAAAAGUGAAACUAGAUCCAGAAUACUUCUCUACUAAUAAUAUAUCCAACUGCACACAAGUUUCAAUGGAUGAUUUCAAAAACAUAAUUAUUAAAAUAAUUCAUCCAAUUCAGACUAAAGGCAGUAAAUAUGUAAUUUCUAAAAUCUGUAUUAAGGAUGAUGAGUUUUCCAACCCCAUCUCUAGUUUCGUAAGUAAAAAUAUACUUCAAGAUUCAAUUUAUUCUUCUAAUGAUGGAAGAAUCCAAAUUGAAUACUGUUCAAAAGCAUUUUCGCCAAGUAUUAACAAAGUAUCUGUUUCCUGCGCAAUUUUGUGCCUUCCAAUACAUUUACAAAACUUCAAGAUCUCUAGUGUAGUGUGGACUCAGACAAAUGAGCUCUUAAUGCUUCUUUGUAAUGGCUUAAAAUCAUCUCUUCUGUUUGGAUUUAAUUUAGACCUGAUCAAGUUCCAGCACCUUUCUCCAGAGAAAAGCGAUGCAUUCGAGGACUUUUCAAAAAACAACAAUCUUGCUCAGAAUUCAUUAAGAUUAUCAUUCAGUAUACUUAAUUCCAAAGCUGGGCAGGAUUGCAGCAAGCUUUCUGUUCAUUCUUGUCCAAAUAUUACUAAUUUGUCAAAUAUAUUCCAUUACACUCAAGAUAUCUCUCGAAUUCACAGGCCUCAAAAGUUUAGAAACUUGUCAAUGAACAUUUCUGGUACCAAAGAAAGUAGCUUUUCCACUGAAUUUAACGAAUCUCAGAAAGAAUCUUGUUUAAAUACAGAGAUUCUUGACUUUCAUUCCCAAUUUAAGCAAGUAAGUUUAUUAAUAGUUAAUAAAAUGACACUUUACUUCCUCUUAAACUUAAUCGAUACUUUCCAGAAAUACUUUAUCAUUUCUGACAAUAAUGCUGGGAGGAUUGCUGUAGGAUAUUUGGAAUAG